AUGGCAUCUGUCAAGCAACUUGCCGUUCUGACGGCAGUCGCUUCCUGCCUUCCUUCUGCUUUCGCAGCAGUGAUUGCUCCUCCUUCUUCUGCUCUUUCGAACUCGCAGUCUUCCUUAACAUUGCUUUAUCAAAACAAUCUCAACUUUACCGACGAUGUCAAUCACAUCAGUGCUAUUUUGCUAGACCCAGCUACUGUUGCCAAUGCAGCAACUGGCUGUGUAGCCCUCAACGAGACACUGUUUUCACAGUCUGCUCUGCAAGCACACUCUUCAGACUUUGUCAACCAGCUCUCUUAUGCAUUCUACGCUGGUCGCUCGACACAAGAUCAAAAGUGGCAUAUCGAAGGUGGCCAGACCGUGCAAGUCCACAACAAUGCCUUGAAGUUCGCCAAAGCUGGUCCUGGCAAUGUUCUGCCAGUGCUCUGCACCCAGUCUAGCCAGAGCAACACGCCCAGCAAUGCCGUCGCCUCUGCCGCCAAUGAGAUCAAGAUUGCUUCCUCUGGCAACACCUACGUAGGCUUCAGAAACAAGAAGUCUUUCCGCUUCCAGGGUAUUCCUUUCGCAGAUCCCCCAGCCAGAUUCGCCUACUCGACUGUGUACUCCAAGACCGGACAGACAAUCGAUGCUACCAAGUACGGUCCUGACUGCGCUCAACCGUAUGAAAGCUCUAGCAGUGAGAACUGUCUUUUUGUCAACAUUCAAACUCCCUACAUUCCCAAGGCUGGGUCGAAGAAGAACUUGAGACCUGUGCAUUUCUGGAUCUACGGUGGUGGUUUCACCGGCGGAUCCGGUGCCAGUGCAGGAAGCGAUGGUGGACAGCUGGCCUCGAGAGAGGACAUAGUUGUGGUAGAAAUAAAUUAUAGAUUGACAACUCUCGGCUUCCUUGCUAUUCCCGGAACCAACAUCACUGGAAACUACGGAAUUUCCGACCAGGUCACCGGACUUGAUGUGAGUAUUUUACUGGUCUUCUCGAGAAAGCAAUCGUUAACAUCGCGCAGNUGGGUUCUCAAGAACAUCGCAAGCUUUGGAGGUGAUCCUAACAAGAUCGUGAUCAACGGUGAAUCUGCAGGUGCCGGAUCCGUACGCACGCUUCUUGGCUCCCCAAAGGCCAUCGGCAAGUUCAGAGGCUCCAUCGCUAUGUCGAACUUGGGCGGCGGUGUCGACCUUGGCUUGACCGGAAGUGAUUCUUUCUUGACACCUGCCGAGUCGUACUCUCGCAGUGAGGCCCUGUUCGGCGAGAUCGGCUGCAACCAGACCACUCUUGACGCUCGCAUCGCAUGCUUGAGAGCUACUCCUGCACAGACGAUUGUCAACGCCGCCACUGUCGCCAGAUACGUGGUCCAAGAUGGAGUCUACGUCAACACCGAGACUCUGGAUGUGUACAACCGCAACGGCAGCGCUGCAAACGUCAACACAAUCUGGGGAACCACCGCCAACGACGGUGCAUCUUUCUCGACCUACCCCAAGACCCCUGUGACGAGUGAACUGGCAGGUAUCGUUGCUGCUUUGGGCAUUUCGACAGCAGAGGCACAGUCAAUCAUUGACUCUGGACUCUUUCCCUACUACGACACUGGUAAUGUGACUUUGGACUCGUUCAACGUGUCGCAGAGAGUGGCCACUGACAACCAAUUCCGCUGUAUCGAUCAAGCCACCGUGUAUGCUGGUGUGGAAUCCGGAGCUUUCAAGACAUCAUACUUCUACCAGAUGCAGAGGACAGGCUCGGGAUAUGACCCCAAUGGACUUGGCGGUCCUCCAGUUGAGCCUGGAUACCCUUACGGCAACCCCGAGAAGCCAUACUUUAAACUGCAUGGUUCCGACAUGCCCUGGGUUUUCCCCCUGCGCGAUGCCAACGACCUCAAGUCUGUGCAGCUUGAGAGUGGUUACUUCGCCUCUUUCGUCCGCUCGUUGGAUCCCAANCCCCCAGCCAACUACCUCCAGGUUCGCGGCUACACCAACACCACACAGGGAGUCAAGCAGAGCGGACCUUGGCAGCCUGUUGCCAACGAUCAAGGCCCGAUGAAGUUACUUGACUUCCCUUCGGUGACUGCCGACUUCCAGGACCUGCCUCAGUGCGCCUUCCUCAAGUACCCCAUCAGCUACUACAUCAACGGUGGUCUGUAA